GGAGAAAGUAUUAAAGCCGAUAUGACCACCUCGUUACGGCCGUCGUUAUUUUAUUGCGGCAAAACGCUAUACAAAGGGAUAAGUCGGAAAGGUUUGGCGAGGAGGGAUAUACACAUCAACUGUAACCCAAAUUAUCAUUCUGUGAAGACUAGUGUUCGAAGUUUGAUUCGGGAACAGAAGGACUCGUGCUUUUAUUCGCGUUCUUCAUUUGCAGUAAUGGCGAACGGGUGGGAUGAUUCUGGCUCUUACGUGAUCAGCAGUUCGAGUCCCGGGGGUGGCAUUGAAGGGGAGGGAGCAUCGUCUUUACUGGAUUCAACUCCUCCGAUAGGGAGCGCUUCAGGUAGUCUGCAGAACGAUGGCUUGCUGGGCGAUACGGCCAGCGGCCACAGUAGCGAUGCAGAGCACGGCUUUGCACGGCCUGAAAUGUACACCAAGUCUCUGGUGGGAUCUGUGCAGGCUUAUGACCGGCACGUGUUUCUUUGCUAUAAGAACUCCGAGAGUUGGCCUCCUAAGGUGGAGGCUGCUGAAUUCGAUCGCCUUCCUAGGCUCCUUGCCGCUGCUCUUAAAGCUCGCAAGAAUGAGAUGCCACGAAAGACACACUUGACAAUAUGUGAAGGGCGGGAUGGAACAGAAACUUCAAAUGGAGAUGUUUUAAUAUUUCCAGACAUGAUCAGAUACAAGGGAUUGACACACUUUGACGUUGAUACAUUUGUGGAAGAGGUGCUUGUCAAAGAUACAGAAUGGCUGUCAGGAAAUCCUGAGAUACUUACUGGAAGUCACAUAUUUGUGUGCGCGCAUGCAAGUCGAGAUCGAAGGUGUGGUGUUUGUGGACCUGUACUUAUUCGGAGAUUUAAAGAAGAGAUAGAAUCACGAGGACUUAGAGGUCAUGUUUCUGUGAGUCCAUGCUCACACAUUGGUGGACACAAAUAUGCUGGAAACAUUAUAAUAUAUGGGCCAAACGCUGAUGGCCAAAUUACUGGUCACUGGUACGGCUAUGUUACUCCAGAUGAUGUUCCAAUUCUCCUAGAUCAACACAUUGGGAAGAAUGAAAUAGUAGAUAGGCUGUGGAGAGGUCAGAUGGGCUUGACCGAAGAGGACCAAAAAAAAGCACAGCAGGAAAGACUUAGACCAAAUGGAGAAGCUUUUCUAGAGAAAGGCGAUAAUGGAGUUGGCAUAGAUAAAGGUGAAAAAGCAAGUGGGUUGGGCACUGAAAACAGUGAUGCGGUAAGUGGUAACCAGAAUGAUGUGAUAAGUAACAUAGGUUGUUGCCAGGGUGGCAAUGCUAGUAAUUGCUGUCAAAAUUUCACACCUGAAGUUAAUGUACGAUCCGAUGAGUUGGAUUUGAAGGCCACUAGUAAGAGCGUUGAAUAUACCAAGGAAAAUAUUAAUGCUACUCGUUCAUCCAAUUGUUGGCGUGGAGUUUCAAAAUGGUUUGAGACAUGGGAUCGUGAAGACACAUUUGCAGCUUUGGCAGUUAUGGGAGCAGUUGCAUCAGUUGCUGUGGCCUAUAGUUUUUACAGGAAGUCAGGUUGAUUGAUUACUGGAGAUGCAAAUAGCUGGGAUGCAUGCUAUCUGUGAAUUAAUUUUUUCAUUAACACGUUCUUUUUCCCUUAUAUACAUAUAAAAGCUGGCAUAAACAAAUUGUUUUAUUCACGUUAUUUAUACACAAACAGUGACUAAAGAUAACAAAUAAUAGCUUAUUAUUUAUUAAGAUCGUAGUGCAGUUUUCUUGUAAGAGAACUGCUAUAUUUGUUCUUCAUUUUUGAAUUAUCAAGAGCAGAUGGUUUUGUGUA